AUGGAGUGCGAGCUGGACCGAAUCGACAUGAUGCAUUCGGGAAUACAAUUCUCGUAUGAUGACAUUGCGUUUGCGCCGGCAUCCACCGCGCACGGGACCUACUACGACGGCGAGCAGGACGAGGUAGAGAAUCUGGAUGAGUACCAAGAAGGCGGCCAUCACCCGGUACACAUACACGACCGCCUGGGCGCGCAGAGAUACCGCGUCAUUCACAAACUCGGCCACGGCGCGUACGGCACCGUGUGGCUGUGUCGAGACCACCAGCUCCACCGCUAUGUCGCCGUCAAGGUCAUGACGGCGGACGUGUCGCUGGACCGGGUGCCCGAGAUGUCCAUCCUGAAGCGUCUCGACCAGACGAACCCCGGGGCGCGGCACAUUGCCCUGCCGCUGGACAGCUUCGCGGUCUACGGGCCCAACGGCACGCACCAGUGCAUCGUCUUCCCGCUGCUGGGCCAGUGUGUUUCCCCCGUCCUGUGGCAGCGACUCGAGCACCCGGGUCUGGUUCUCAGAAACCUGUGCCACCAGGCGGUGCUGGCCUUGAACUGCCUGCACGAAGGCGGCGUCGGCCACGGAGAUUUCCGGCCGUCCAACAUCCUGCUCAAAGUUUCGGGGCUAGACGGCCUGAGCGAGGACGAGCUUCUCUCGCAGAUAGGAUACCCAGAGCCGGGCAACGUCGUCGCCGACCACGGCGGGCCGCUGCCGCCCUUUUCUCCGCGGUACCUCGUCCCGGCGGCCGACAUGUCGCGCCUCGACUCCAAGUACCUGCGGGAGGAGGUGUGCCUGAUCCGCCUCGGGCAGCUGUACCUCGAGUCCGCGCCGCCGCCGGACCUGGGCACGCCGGAGAACUACCUGCCGCCGGAGCGGCUGGUGGACGACCAAAAGGACCGGGUAGGGCUCAGCUGCGACAUCUGGGCGCUGGGCUGCACCCUGUUCGAGAUCCGGCUGCAGACGCCGCUGUUCCACAUGCUGUACGGGCCGGACGAGGUGCUCGACGAGAUGGUCAGCUUCUUCGGGAAGCUGCCGGAGCCGUGGUGGUCGCGGUGGGAGCAGCACGGGGACUACCGCGACGAGGAGGGCAACACGCUGCGCAGGAGGGUCGACGUGGACGGCGAGCCGUACGGCAUCGACAGCGUGCUGCGGGGGGACAAGUCCAGCAUGAGGACCGUCGACGGCGUCUUGCGGGUCGUCAAGACGAUGGAGGUGCCGCGGGACGAGGUGGCCGCGCUGAAGGCGCUCCUGCUCGGGAUUUGCGCGUACGCGCCCGAGAACCGCCUCUGCACGGGGGACAUUUUGCGCGCCGAGUGGUUCAAGAGGUGCAGCUGGUCGUGA